UCCAUAGUGCUAAAUUUAUCUUCAGACCAGGACCGCGCCAGCAGCGAAUCGGAUCUCUAUGGAGGUGGCACAGGCGAUGUCCCUGAGCUGAGCAUCACCCUGUCCCCGCAUCCUCCUUUCCUGUUUUGUUUUUCACCCCCUCCUCCCUUCUUCCUCCUUCCAGUCUGCGACGACUGGCUCUUGACCCUGCUCAGGCCUCGGUGAAGGCUUCUGGUUACUCCCCUUCCCACCCCAUCCCUUAAUUUUAUUCUUUUGAAGAGUCUACAUUUCAAGCUGCCAAAGUGGAGUUUUCAUUGCAGAAGGGAGUACUCCUCAUUUCAGGUAUCUUACCCUGUCUACCUGUUAACAAGAGAACCAUUUUGAUUCAGGGUCUAACAUGAGAAUAUCGUUCUUACUCUGUAGCGAGAUUAAAAAGCCUGAGUCAAAUGUAGCUAUAGUUGUUUAGACAAUUUGUUUGUCUAACUUAAAAAACUUAACUUAUAAAAAAUAGUAUUUUUAGAGAUUUUUGAGCUUGCGUUGCUAUUUACAUUAUGCUUUUUUAUUAUAUGAAGAAAAAGCUUUUAAAAUAAGAAUUUAUAUUUUCUUAGGGUCCUGGUUAAGUCUUCAUAUAGUAUAAUGGAAUGCAAAGUAAUUAGUAAAAAUAUACAUUACUUUGAAUAAGUCCUAAUUAAAAUAAUGUAAGCAUAUGUAAUUUUUUAAGUCCAGAGAAAGAGUACCUAACUUUUGGUCUAAGAUCAUUCUUCAUUGUUAACAUAUAACAUUUAGGAUACAAUAGAAUUCUGUCUUGCAACACAUUGAACUUUUUUUGUUUUAAUAUAGCUCAUUAGAAUUGUUGCUAUGGAGACUUAAUAGUAUCAAUACUUAAUACAUCUAAUAACAGUAGGCAUCAAAAAGCUAAGAGAUUCCAAGGUGCUAUAUUACAUGAGAUGAGCUUGGUAAAUUAUGGUCUAUACUGUUUGUAUAUGUAGAACUUUAUUGGAACACAGCCAUGGCCAAUCUUUUACCCUUUGUUUAUGGCUGCUGAAAUGCUAAGGCUACAGAUCUGAGUAGGGCAACAGAGUCUAUAUGACCUGCAGAGCCAACUGUGCAGCCCUUUGCAAAAUAUUUGCCAGCCUUUGCGAUGGGAUAUAUUUCUAAAUAUGUUCUUUCCCUAAAAAUAUGUUUAUCAAUUCUUACGUUAUUCUUAAUUCUUAUUAUGUUAUUUCUUAGCCUAAUGGUUCCCACCUUUUUUAUAAAAUGUUAAUACUCUAAAUGAAUAAGGGUUUUGAGAAAAAGAUUGAUGCUGAUAAUAGUUUUUCUUUAUUGUUUAAUAUAAGUUUAUUUAAAUAUAAGUUUAAGACUACUAAACUCAUUUCUAUAGCUUUUAUUUUUAUGUGAUAAUCUACCUUUAAGAAAGGUGUGCCAUACCUGAGAGCACCAGGAAGUCGCAUGAGAGAUCACCUGAUAAAAGAACGUGUGAUGUUCCAUCUGCGCAUUGAUGCAUAGGCAGCAUUUACAGAUUAACUGAUGUGUUAUUAUAUAUCAUCUCUCGACUUUUUUGUAUCCUAUCUUAUAAUUUCAACAUAUUUGUAAUACUCAAUGUUAAUGCUAAAUUAACCAUGUUUUGUACCACAAACUCAUUGCCCAUGGAUCUUUUGCUGAAGCAAGGAAGUCUUAAACAAGAAGUAGAAUCUUUUUGUUACCAAAUUGUAUCUGAAUCAAAUGAUCAAAAAGUUGGAAUAUUACAAAGUGAAGAUGAACAGUUGCAGCCUUCAGUUUCUAAAAAAUCAGAAAGUGAGCUUUCCAGGGUCAAAUUUAUGUCUGGUUCCAAUAAAAUGACUACAUUUAGUAAGAAACCAAAAAGGAGAAAAUAUGAUGAAAGUUAUUUAUCUUUUGGAUUUACUUAUUUUGGAAAUAGAGAUGCACCUCAUGCUCAGUGUGUAUUAUGUAAGAAAAUCUUAUCAAAUAGCUCUUUAGCCCCAAGUAAGCUACGAAGACAUUUGGAAACUAAACAUGCUGCAUAUAAAGACAAAGACAUUAGCUUUUUCAAGCAGCAUCUUGAUUCACCUGAAAAUAAUAAACCCCCAACACCUAAAAUUGUCAACACAGAUAACGAAAGUGCUACAGAGGCAUCAUACAAUGUAAGUUACCAUAUAGCCCUGAGUGGAGAGGCUCAUACUAUUGGAGAAUUGCUUAUCAAACCUUGUGCAAAAGAUGUAGUGAUGCGGAUGUUUGAUGAACAGUAUAGUAAGAAGAUAGAUGCAGUACAACUAUCAAACAGUACCGUUGCACGUCGAAUUAAGGAUCUAGCUGCUGACAUUGAAGAAGAGCUUGUUUGUAGACUAAAAAUUUGUGAUGGGUUUUCACUACAACUAGAUGAAUCAGCUGAUGUUUCAGGACUUGCUGUGCUGCUUGUGUUUAUUCGUUAUAGGUUUAAUAAAUCUAUUGAGGAAGACCUACUCUUAUGUGAAUCUUUGCAAAGUAAUGCUACAGGUGAAGAAAUAUUCAAUUGCAUCAACAGUUUUAUGCAGAAACAUGAAAUUGAAUGGGAAAAAUGUGUUGAUGUUUGUAGUGAUGCUUCUAGGGCAACAUAUGGGAAAAUUGCCGAGGCUGUCACCUUGAUAAAAUAUGUGGCUCCCGAAAGCACCAGCAGUCACUGCCUAUUAUAUCGACAUGCACUAGCAGUUAAAAUAAUGCCUACAUCUCUUAAAAAUGUGUUAGAUCAAGCAGUACAAAUCAUCAAUUACAUUAAAGCUCGACCACAUCAAUCCAGACUACUAAAAAUUUUAUGUGAAGAAAUGGGUGCUCAACACACGGCACUUCUUCUGAAUACAGAGGUAAGGUGGCUUUCCCGAGGUAAAGUUCUUGUAAGACUUUUUGAACUUCGGCGUGAAUUAUUGGUUUUUAUGGAUUCUGCUUUUCGACUAUCUGAUUGUUUAACAAAUUCAUCUUGGCUGCUAAGACUUGCAUAUCUUGCAGAUAUUUUUACUAAAUUAAAUGAGGUUAAUCUGUCAAUGCAAGGGAAAAAUGUAACAGUUUUUACAGUGUUUGAUAAAAUGUCAUCAUUGUUAAGAAAAUUGGAAUUUUGGGCCUCAUCUGUAGAAGAAGAAAACUUUGAUUGUUUUCCUACACUCAGUGACUUUUUGACUGAAAUUAAUUCUACAGUUGAUAAAGAUAUUUGCAGUGCCAUUGUGCAGCACCUAAGGGGUUUGCGUGCUACCCUUCUAAAAUACUUUCCUGUAACAAAUGACAGUAAUGUGUGGGUUAGAAAUCCAUUUACAGUAACUGUUAAACCAUCCUCAUUAGUAGCACGGGAUUAUGAAAGCCUGAUUGAUUUAACAUCUGAUUCUCAAGUGAAACAAAAUUUCAGUGAACUUUCACUAAAUGAUUUUUGGAGUAGCCUAAUUCAAGAAUACCCAAGCAUAGCAAGACGUGCAGUUCGUGUGCUUCUUCCUUUUGCUACAAUGCACUUGUGUGAAACAGGAUUUUCAUAUUAUGCUGCAACAAAAACAAAAUAUAGAAAAAGACUUGAUGCUGCACCUCAUAUGCGGAUCCGUCUUAGUAACAUUACACCUAAUAUUAAACGGAUAUGCGAUAAAAAGACACAAAAACAUUGUUCUCAUUAAAAUUGGACAGUUUUGCAUGUCUCUUGAUAACUAAAUGUAAGUGAAAAUAAAAGACAAUUUAAUUUACUUCA